AUGGGAGUUGACAAAGAAAAGGCGCACGCGAUCGUCACCAUUCCGGCCCUGGCCUUCGUCGGGAAUCCCUCCUCUGCCCCCACUCCUCCUCCUGCCUCGGUCGAGACCUCAGCCAUAGCUGAACGAACGAACGGAGCACCCGCAGGAGACGCAGCCCGAGGAAGAGGAGGGAGUAGCGCCCCGCUAAGGCGAGACCUCGACCGCUCGGACCCCCGCCGCCGCCUCCACCACGGCGCCGCCUCGGUGGAAGACGAGUACGAGCUUGAGGAGCUCUCGCCCCAGCCGCCCAUCAGCGACCACCCUCCCGAGACAGAGAAGAGAGCGGCCAAGCGACGGUGGCUGCAGGAGCAGGACGACAUGAAGUUCUCCCACAGCAUCCAGUUCAAUGCCGUACCCGACUGGAGCAGCCACUACAUAGCCUACAGUAAUCUGAAGAAGCUAAUCUACCAGCUCGAGAAGACCAUCAACCACUCGCUCGCCACCGAUGCCGAGUCGAGGCCCCUCAUCCCCGGCGACGAGGAUGCCGAGAAGGUGUUUGCCCGGGCCCUAGACGUGGAGCUGGAGAAGAUUGCGUCCUUCUACCAGGUCAAGGAGCAGGAGCUCGUCGACGAAGUCAACCUCCUCCUGAGGGACAUUGGAGACUCGGAAAGCGAAGGCGACGACAGGCAUGGCGGCACCCUGCGCACACAGGCGCCAGAACGAUCCCUCUCUACGCUGGUGGACGCCCGCCGCAGCAGCAUGAUGAGCCGCGGGUCGACCGAGGGCGGCGACGACGACGACAGCGACGAGGAGGAGGAGACGACCGCCCUGGCGCGCAAGCGGCGGUCGAGCGUCGGCACCUCGCGCCGAGGCGGGCGGGCAACCGACAUGGCGGCGUCCACCGAGCUGUCGCGCUCGGGUCGGCGGCUUAGCACCACGUACGACGACUACGCCGAGCAGGCGGCCCUCUACUCGACCGACAUCAUGCUCAAGCGUCGCAUAGUGGCGCUGUACGUGCAGCUGUGCGAGCUCAAGUCGUACGUGCAGCUCAACAAGACGGGCUUCCGCAAGGUGCUCAAGAAGUUCGACAAGAUAUGCGAUCGCCAGCUGCGCCAAAAGUACAUGGAGUCCACCGUCGAGCCCGCACCGCCCUUCCGCCCGGAGGCGACCAAGCUGAUCGAAGGUCACGUCGCCACUAUGGAGCGCGCCUACGCCGACCGUGUCGCCCAGGGCGAUCUCGCCGUCGCCCGCCGCGACCUGCGCUCGCACCUCCGCGAGCACGUCGUCUGGGAGCGCAACACGGUCUGGCGUGACAUGAUCGGCAUGGAGCGGCGCGCCGAGGCCGCCAGCCUGGGCCGCGCCCUGCUCGGCCGUGACGUCGCCAUUGGUGCUGCCCGCCUGCAGGGCGACGAGGAGGCCGCGAUUCCCACUAGGGAGAUUUCCACUCCGCUAGGCCGCUUCAGGUGCCCAGUCUGGCUGUUCAGUACCGCCAUGCUCAACCUGAUUGUCAUCAUAGCCAUCUUUACCGCGUUGCUCGUCGUCCCAACAAUGGAUAGCCCCGAGCAGCAGAACUGCCUGGCGGUGCUGGUGUUUGCCAGCUUGAUGUGGGCAACCGAGGCCAUCCCUCUCUUUGUCACCUCCCUGAUCAUACCGUUUCUCUGCAUCGUCCUGAGGGUGGUCCGAACCGACGAUCCGGAGCAUAGGAGGCUCAGCUCGAAGGAGGCGACAGCGUACGUCUUUUCGGCAAUGUGGACGCCCGUCAUCAUGCUCCUGCUUGGUGGCUUCACCCUCGCGGCGGCGCUGUCCAAGUGCAAAAUCGACAAGAGCCUCGCCACCUUUGUGCUCAGCAAGGCCGGCACCCAGCCGCGGACCGUGCUCCUGGCCAACAUGCUGGUCGCCUCCUUUGCGAGCAUGCUGAUCUCCAACGUCGCCGCCCCGGUCCUGUGCUUCUCCAUCAUCGAGCCCCUACUUCGAAAUCUUCCCAAUGGCUCGCCAAUGUCCAAGGCUCUCAUCAUGGGGAUUGCCCUGGCGUCCAACAUUGGCGGCAUGCUCUCGCCCAUCGCGUCGCCCCAGAACGUCAUAGCCAUCGGCCUCAUGCAGCCCGAGCCGACGUGGGGUGACUGGUUCUUCAUCGUCAUCCCGGUCGGCCUGGUCUCCAUCGGUAUGAUCUGGGUGCUGCUCCUCGUCACCUUCCAACCCGGCAAGGGCACCAACAUUGUGCCCAUCAGGCCCGUCAAGGACCCCUUCACCGGCACGCAGUGGUUCGUCUCAGCCGUGACGAUCGCCACCAUCGGACUGUGGUGCGGCAGCCACCAGCUCGAGGAGUUUUUCGGCCACAUGGGCGUCAUCGCCGUCAUCCCGCUUGUCCUUUUCUUCGGCAUUGGCCUCCUAACAAAGGAGGACUUCAACAACUUCCCCUGGACCAUCAUCAUCCUGGCCGCUGGUGGCCUGGCGCUGGGCAAGUCGGUCACGUCGUCGGGCCUGCUGCAUACGCUGGCCGACGACAUCAGCGGCCGCGUCGAGGGCAUGAGCCUCUAUGGCGUGCUGGUCGUCUUCUCGUCGCUGAUCCUGGUGAUUGCCACCUUUAUCAGCCACACGGUCGCCGCCCUCAUCUUCCUGCCUCUCGUCCGUGACAUCGGCCGCAAAAUGGAGGAGCCGCACCCCAACCUGCUGGUCAUGGGCGGCGUGCUGAUGUGCAGCGCCGCCAUGGGUCUGCCCACGAGCGGCUUCCCCAACAUGACCGCCAUCAUGAAGGAGGACGCCACAGGCCAGAGAUAUCUCCAGGUGAAGCACUUCAUCGGCAGAGGUGUCCCGAGCAGCAUAUUAACCCUGGUGGUCGUGGUGACGCUCGGGUACGGGGCGAUGAGGGUCAUUGGCAUUGCCCUAGUCGCCAGUAACGGUGGUAGCGUCAUGCCGCCAGGGUUGCAGGCCGAUGUCGGCGGUGCCCGAGUGGUCGACAUCCCGGCCGUCAACAAGGGCUCCAACAAUUACGUUCUUUCAGGCUUCGACAUCAAGCUGUCAAACGGCGACGGCGUUGUCGCGCGCUUGGCCCGUGGCGAUGUCAACAUGCCCGACUUGGAUGGCUUCCCCAUCCACGAGCAAGUCGUCGAGGUCAGGUUUGAGGCGGCAGCCUGCCAACUGCUGCGCUCAGAGCCCGGCAUCCUGGCCUCCCGCCUGCUCUACCACCGCGCUCCGGUGCUCCGGGCCGGGCCCGGAGUCGAGGUUCCGCGGGAUCUUGCGGGCCGUCGCCCCGUCGCCGCCGCGGCCAAGCAGUCUCUCCUGCGCCUAAUCCCGCGCAUCAUCCCCGAGGGGGCUUCGCUGUAUCGACUCGUGCUCGAGCACGGCGACUUUGGCAUCCACAACACGACCAUCACGACCGACGUCGCAACCGCCACCUUGUCCGACCCGAUGGCGGUGGCCGUUGACCUGACGACGGAUGACGAAGCCGCCCCCAGCGACCAGGAAGAGUCCUCUUCGGCCAAGCGCGCGGUUACGAGAAGGCGAUUAGGCAAGGGAGGGACGCGCGGCACAUCUGGUACUCACUGUGAGACUGGCGAGGUGGGCGGGAAGCCCGGGCUAAAUACAUUCUUUGUUGCCAAAGCGGCUGAUACAGGAAUUUGGAAAGAGGAGGAAAGGGGUUCAUGGUAGCAUCAGACAUGGCAGAGUUCAGAGUGAAAUACA